ACCACUAUUUCUGAUGGGGGGUUUGUCCAUAUCCAAAUUGACUUUCUGAAAUACAUGGACAUUCUGAAGUUCAUCUCUUUCUCUUUUCUGCUCUGCUUAACUGUUUAUGCAGGAUACGAUUGCCCAGAUUCCAUUUGUGGGAAUAACCACUUUGACAUACGAUUUCCUUUUGGAAUGGAAGGGCGCCAGAACCUUCAGAACUGUAGCUAUCCUGGUUUCAGUCUUAUAUGCAGCAAUCAAGGUAGAUCAAUUCUAAGUCUUCCAGGUGCAGGAGAUUACUAUGUACGUGAUAUAGAUUACCGAACCCAAGAAAUACAACUCUACGAUCCAUCUGAUUGCCUCCCAAAACGUCUGAUGAAUUUCAGCACUUCUUUUUCUUCUUCUUCACCUUUCAAAGCUGUUGCCUAUCGGAACUAUACUUUCUUGACUUGUUCAACCAAUUUGGUUUUGUCUCGGUUAAAUGUCAUCAGUUGUCUAAGCAAUUCCACUACUUCAACUUUAGCUACUACUUCUCCAAGUGUUGCGAGCCAAAUGAUAAGUUUGUAUAGCUGUAGCAUAAUCAACAAUUCAUCCGUUCCUGCUUCAUGGGCAUUCCAAUACCAAUCAGAUUUUUUAACGGACCUUAUUACCGAUCUUGUGUUAACAUGGGAUGAACCAAACUGCGAAGAGUGUGAAGUAAACCAAGGUGUUUGUGGGUUCAAGAAUGCCAUUAUCAGAGAGAUUCAAUGCUUUGAUAGUCCUGGAACAGGUAACAAAAGGCCGGUUCAACAAGUUCUCAAAUUUAUUGCGAUAACCUUGCUUAUUCCAGGCAUCACAUGUUUAAUUGGUGUAUCAUGUUACUUCUGUUUGGAGUAUAGCCGAUCCAGCCGUGCCUCCGCUUCAAUCCAAAGCAUCACCACCAGAACAACAGUAGCACCACAACCGGCUACUGGCCUCGAUGACUCGACAAUCGAGUCCUACACAAAAGUAGUCCUAGGAGAGAGUGGGAGAGUUCCAGGUCCCAAUCAUGGGAGUUGUCCAAUAUGCCUUGCAGAGUACCAUCCAAAAGAGAUAGUGAAGUGCAUACCUGAAUGUGAGCAUUGCUUUCAUGCUGAAUGCAUUGAUGAAUGGUUAAAGAUUAAUGGUUCUUGUCCUGUUUGCAGAAACAAUCCUUCUCCUGCUCAAGUAACUUGGCUUCUUCUUAGCGCGUAGUUUGUUUUACAUAUUGCAUUUUGAAAUUUGUAAAUCCAAAUGUGAAGUUGUACAUAUGCUUAUUGGGCGUAAAUUAACAUCCUUGUGCUUUAGAAGAAGCUUAGCUGGUUCUCCUCAUUCAAAUACUUUGUUCACAUGCCAUGUCCAAAGAUUGAAGUUUUCAGAUAAAUUUUGU